ACAUCUAAUAACGAAAACAAAAACCUAACAGCUAGGCAAAAACUACAAAACGCAGUCAAAGAUUACGGUAGCACUGUGUUAGUAUUUCAUAUAACUAUAUCGUUGAUAUCGUUAGGAGGUUUCUACUUAGCAGUUUACAGCUUUUUGGCAGCUCGUACUUUACUUUUUAGUCGUCUUUUAUGAUUAAUAGUAACGAGAAAAAAUUAGACGCCAGGACGACAGAGAACAGAAUGGAGCCUGUUUAUAUAAAAGAUAUUCAUGUCGGCAUGAAAAAUCUAACUUUGACAUGCAUAGUAUUAGAAGUCGGUCCAGCGGUAGCGUUGAAAGAUAAUCGCGAAGUGAGAACGGUUAAAGUGGCCGAUGCUACGGCUUGUAUUAAUUUAGCGGUGUGGGAUGAUACCGGACAUUACAUAAAUGCUAGUGAUAUUUUACGUUUGACCAAAGUGUACGCGGCGCUUUGGCGUAACUCUUUGACGCUAUACACCGCUAAGGCAGGAACCGUCGAAAAAAUCGGCGAAUUUUGUAUGGUGUUUAACGAUCAAUUAAAUAUGAGCGAAAUUAUCCAACAACCUCCGCCGGCAAAUCCCCCCAACGGCAAUACUACUAAUAAUGCGAAUACGUCUAGCUACUCUUCGCGUAAUCCUACUCCUGCCAAUAGUCACGUUGUUCCGCCGCAUACCUCAUCUAGUACAUCCAGAUACGAUAUGACGAGGAAUAGUUCGCGAAAUGGUCAACAAACCGAUGACUCCAAUAAUACUGGUAAUACUAGAACUCGCGCAGAACGCAGAUAACUUUUUUUCUAUCACCGCCAGUUUCCCCUAUUUAUUCAUUUUUGUGUGUAAUUUAUAUACAGAUUUAUACCUGUAUUUUUUUAAUGCGAUUUUUUAACGAAAUUUUAUUCGCUUUUACUAUUUAUGUUAGGCUUUUAUAUUCACCGUUCGAGUAGGCGUUUUAUAAGUGAAAAAAAAUAAUGUAAAUUUUUGUUGAACUAUUCGAAGUUUGUUGGAAAACUGUUUAAACUGAGCAAAAACACGUUAAAUUUUAGUUGUUAUAUGAUGUUAUUUAUUCGAUUUGCAACUUUUAACUCAUUUUUUUAAAAAAAAUUGUAAAUAUGUAUUAUAUUUUUUUUUUAUUUU